ACUGACUCAGCCCCGGGCCGUGACGCGCCGAGGGGCGGGCGCUGCAUCCUCCAUAUAACGCGGAGACCGCGGGCGUGCAGAGCUCAGAGCGGCCUUCCAGCCUGGGAGAGAGAGGGGCCGAGCAGCCGGGCACACCUCGCCUUCCUCCUCCUCAUCCUCUCGGCGCAAGCUGCACUUCGGCCGGCUUCAAUGAAACUGGCAGCGAUGAUCAAGAAGAUGUGUCCCAGCGAGGCUGAGCUGAGCAUCCCCGCCAAGAACUGCUACCGAAUGGUCAUCCUGGGCUCCUCCAAGGUGGGCAAGACAGCCAUCGUCUCGCGCUUCCUCACCGGGCGCUUUGAGGAGCAGUACACUCCCACCAUCGAGGACUUCCACCGCAAGUUCUACAGCAUCCGCGGUGAGGUCUACCAGCUCGACAUCCUGGACACUUCGGGCAACCACCCCUUCCCCGCCAUGCGGCGCCUGUCCAUCCUCACAGGUGAUGUUUUCAUCCUUGUGUUCAGCCUGGACAACCGGGACUCCUUCGAGGAGGUGCAGCGCCUGAAACAGCAGAUCCUGGAGACCAAGUCGUGCCUGAAGAACAAAACCAAGGAGAACAUCGAGGUGCCCCUGGUCAUCUGCGGUAACAAAGGCGACCGGGACUUUUACCGGGAGGUGCAGCCCCGAGAGAUCGAGCAGUUGGUGGGCACAGACCCCAAGAAAUGUGCCUACUUCGAGAUCUCGGCCAAAAAGAACAGCAGCCUGGAUCAGAUGUUCCAGGCGCUCUUCGCCAUGGCCAAACUGCCCAGCGAGAUGAGCCCCGACCUGCACCGCAAGGUCUCGGUGCAGUACUGCGACAUCCUGCACAAGAAGGCUCUGAAAGGCAAAAAGCUGCUCAAAGAGGGCGGCCGGGGCAGCACGGAGGAGGCGUACGGCGUCGUGGCUCCCUUCGCCCGCCGGCCCAGCGUCCACAGCGACCUCAUGUACAUCCGUGAGAAAGCCAUCGGCGGAGGGCACGGCAAGGAGAAGGACCGCUGUGUGAUCAGCUAGGAGCCCCAGUGUGAAGGAGGGAAGAAGGGAGGAAGGAAGGAAGGAAGGGAAGGGGGAAGGAUGCUCGUUUCCAACGGGACUUUGGGCAGGCAGGAGGGUGGGCACGCACCCAGCUGGGCACAGACUUGCCUCUUCUCCAGCCUCCCUCCUCCCAUCGGUUUCCCCCCCUCCGGGGCACACGUUGGGAGAGGGGGAGGACUUGGAGGCAGGAGGGAAUCGGGGAGAUGAUAAUGGCAAAGUGCAGAGGGUGAGCUGCAGGGAUGAGCACUCCCAAACUGCCCAGCCUUGGGCCAGGGCAUUGCUGUCAGGAGGGCAGAGACCUGUGAGAAUCCACCUGGGGCUUAUGGGUUUCUUUUUGUUUCCUUCUGUUUGUUUUUACUUGAGAAGCUGUGCACGGACUCUGGCUCUGUGUCGUGUGUUUGUCUGUGUUCGCCAAACACGUGCAGAAGACACUUCUAAGCUGUUGCAAAGACUUUGCAGAGUUACAGCCCCAAUGGACCAAAAACUGACUCUUGUUUACAUUUGUCUUGUCUGAUUUGCAAGAUUUGGGGGGCGGGGGGAGUGGGAAGGGUUUUUUAAAUGAGAAAACAAUAGGCACUUUAUGUAGGUAUUGGUUGUCAUUGACAUGAACAAAAACCUUCAAGUGUUUCUACUGUGGCUGAAACUUGAUGUUUUAUUUUUUCUACAAAAUAAUAAAAAUCUUUUUCAAAUGACACUUUGUGGCUUUUUGCCUUUGCUUCUUCCCUGCAGCAAAACCAAUUCCUCUCAAACCCAGGCCAGAUCCCAGCUGUAAGGCUGGAUCAGUACUCAACUCAGUGCCUUUAUUACCCCACUUUCUCUGACUCCCAGUGCAAAGGUUUCUGUCUCGGAAAGUGGCCACAGAGGGCAGCGGGGCCAUGCAUGCUGUUACUCAAGCAGGCUGCUGAGCCAAAGCUCUUUCCUCACUCUGCUGGGCAGCACUGAUCUGCACUGCUGUCAGUCCCACAAUACGCCAGGCAUUGCCAUGUCGUUCACAGCAGAAACCAAGUGAAAUGACAUCAUUUAAUGACAAAGAGCUCAUUGUGCUUCAUGCCUUCCCCCGAUUAAAUAAACACUCUUUAAUGAUGUCAACAGAGAGUGAUUCAUUUGCGCCCCGUCCAGGAUAUUGUUUUUAUUUUGCAACAUGAGUAAAGGAAAUACUUUGCUCGAAAGGUCACCUUUGCAUUUGAUGGUUUUGAUCUCUCAGUGCCAGUAAUCACUGCUGGAAGUGAAAGGAAAAAGUGAAAGCUCUGCAAAGAGCAGCUCUCUCUGGCUCCAGAUUCUCCAAAGCAGCCUGCUGGUUCUGAUCACACUCAGCAGCUCCAUUCCACCCUUAAGUUGCACAACAGACCUACAUUUAAUAUGUAUUAAUGGGGAAAAGUUCUACUGAAGCCAUAAGGUGUGGACGAGUGAGACUGCAAACAAAACCACUUCAGUUUGGUCUGAAACUUGGAUUCGAGUUAACUUGUUGCUGUGCUAAGUGCCAGGAAUUUCUUUGGAAACACUCUGCUCCUUCUAGCUCUUCACACGGCCUGGUUUGACAGGAAUAGCAGCUGGCCAAAAGGAGAAACCUCUGUCGAGGCAUGAAACACACAAAUUUAUUGAGCUGGAACAGGGAAUGCCUGGCAGAAAGGUAAUUUCGGUAAUAAAAAAGUGUACAUUGUGCUCUGUUUAUCUUGGUGUUCUGCUUUGCUCAGAGUUUACACGCGGGCACUUUCCCAAAGAAAUCACUAGCAAAGCACUCAGUGGGGACAGAGUCAUCUCUGAGCUACAGGUGAACUGAACCACCCCAGCUCCCAGAGAGCAUAAUUACCUGCCUCUUGAUUUUGUUAAGCCAAAUCCUACCCAAACAGACCCCAUUCUCAUUGUUUGAAUGCUCCCUGCUCUCGGAUGCAGGCUCUCAACCAGCGCUGUAUUUCACCACUCCGUUUUUCACCUCUUCCACACCUGAGCUGCUCCACCUUUCAGUGUUAACUCAGAGAACCGUGAGAUCUGAGGGCUUGUCACAUACCUGUUAGUGGGUGAGAUGCUCACCAGGUUGUCAUCUGACACCCAGCAGCUCCCAGCAGGAGGACAGAGGACAAGGAGUUCUGAGACCCAUCUGAAUGCAAUACAACAUUCGAGAGCUUUCCACGAGCGUCUGACGAACGUUCAAUACUCAGUGUUUGUGUUUGUGUUUGUGGGAAGCCCCUGGAGCAUUUCAGACACAGAACUGAUCCAUCCUGUUGAGCCUGACUUGUGUCACUUAGGGAAUAACUAAAGCUGCUGUCACUUCUGCUUUUUGUUUUAAUCCUGCUUUUCCUUUUUCUGUUGUAAGAGUAGGUGUGUUGCUCACCAAGUUGGUGUGGAAGCCCUACGCAUCCAAAGCCCACUGAAAUCUGCUCCCCUGGCAGGCUCUGCUUUGCUCUCCCAUCACCAAAAAGCAAUGCUAAGAGAGAGGAGC